CAGUUCUACUGUGUUGAUGUUGUUCAUAUAAACGCAUCGACUUGUCUCUCAAGUGGUCAGUCUUAGUUGAAUCUUCCAGUCGCUUAUAUCAUAAAAAACUUACAAAAAAAAAUAUAUUUCAAAUCAUUUUAAACAUACAAACGUGAAAAAUAAAUAUUGACAAAAUGUCGAAGAUUUGUCUUAUCACUUUGUUUGUGUUGUUUACUGUGAGUGCAAUCACAGCAAGAAGUACUGAAUUUAAGGGAGUUGAAAGUUCACUUGAAACAAUAUCGAAAAAUAAUCAAAAAUGUCCGAUUGAGACUAAACAUGGUGACCCAUGUUCAACAACAAAUGAUUGUCGAUGUGGAAAAGUUGCUAUGUCAUGUAAUGCAUAUGCAAAAAGAUGUCAAGUUGUAAUUACUCCUGAUGAAUUACAAAGAGGUAAAGCAAAUCUUAGACCUGUUGAUAGAACAAGUGACAGAGCUAGACCAAGUAUACCAAAUAAACAAUGUAGUAAACAGAGUCGUCAUGGUGAUCCUUGUUUAUCAGAUAGUGAAUGUUGCAACAACAGUUCAAAAAUGGUUUGUAAUAUGUAUGCUAAACGAUGCCAAGUUGAAAUAACUGCUGAAGAUUUACAAAAAGGCAGAGCUAAUCUUAAACAUGUAAAUAUUAAUCAAUAAUGCUGAUCGAAAUUUAAAAUUCAUUUAUUUAUUGUACUCGAUUAUUUUAUAUAAAUGAAAACAUUUAACAAAAAAAGUUAUAUUAUUUUGAAAGUUAAUAACAUAUAAUUUUUAAUGAUUUAUUUUUUUUUUUUUUUGAAUCAUUUUAUGUAAUAUUUACUAAUUAUUAUUGUGAAAAUAAAAUUUUUAAUUUAUAAUUAAUGGUUUU